AUGGAGAGACAAUAUGAGAAAUAUGCAGAUCUCGUGUUUAAUAAUUGUGAUGACUUUACACAAGUGAAUUUCACGAUUGCAGCGUAUUGUCCAGUUGAUAAUUAUAAUCUACACAAUUCCCUGGAAGAAGUGCCAGUAGAAACUGACUGGCUUUGUAUAUUCUUUUCCGAUGUCACCAUCAAAACUGGAAUGUUUUCUCGCUUCAGUAACCUGAAAUCUUUAUAUUUAAUGGGCGAUUUCAAACUUUUACCUGAAAGUUUUGAACGCCUUACCCAGCUUACCACUCUUUGGAUACUCCCGCAUCAUUACACAGUCACUGGAAAACUGGACUUCGGAAGACUUAACAACCUGCAAAGGCUCAAAUUAAAUGAAUUUCAGUUUUCUGAUGUAAAUAUGUCAACGUUUGGGGACUUGACACAACUGAAGCAAUUGGAUUGGUCUCACAAUGAGAUCACAUCAUUUUCACUCUUGACAGAGCAUUUGACAAAGCUGAAAUACUUACAGGAUCUGUUCGUGGAGAAUAAAAUCCAUGCACUCCAAAAAGUCGAUUGCGUUUCUGACAAGUUAUCUCUUGGUAAUCCCUAUGUAAAUUUUAGUAUUCGUAAUCUGAGUUUUGGUAGAAACCAGAUACACUCUUUGGAAAAUAAUUCAUUAUGCAAUUUUCCAAAGCUUUCUUUUUUUAAAAUUAAUCUUCACCCACUGAGUGCUGACGAUUUAUUUUACACUGGAAUUGAGACAGUUGACACAAUGUCAUUAGCAGAUAUACAGUUUGGGUAUAUUGAAAUUUGUGUAUAUGCGUCAUACUUUAAAGUGAAAGAUCUUCGACUAAUGAAUACUGAAUUGGUUAGUAUUGAAACAGCGAACGGUUCAUGCUCAACAUUGGAGACUUUAGAUGUAUCUUACAACAUGAUAGAAAAGGUGUCUUUUUUGCAGAUAGAAAAAUUGAAAAACUUAACCGACCUUAAUAUAUCCAACAACAGAAUUAAUGCAUUGGCUGUAUGUCCCAAUACAUUUUCAAUCAAAAUGGAGCUUCUCUACCUUAAUAUAUCAUUCAACUUUAUAACAUCAUUAGAAGAAGGACAAUUUGCUUGUCAAAAAAAUCUAAAAAUGUUGGAUCUGAGUAACAAUCAAAUUGCUGAAAUAAGAAACUGUACAUUUUGUGGUUUAAAGGUACUGGAAGUUUUACAUUUGGACUAUAACCACAUUUACAUGAUUCAAGAAUAUGCCUUUUCAGAUCUAUUUGCUUUAAAACAGUUAAAUUUGUAUGGCAAUCAGUUAAAUUCAAUAGAUGAGUGGGCAUUUUAUGAUCUACAUCAAAUAGAAGAGCUUACACUUACUUUUACAUACGAUGUAGAAGAAAUUUGGUGGUCAAAACAUAUUGCUAAUACGCUAAAUAAACUUUCUCUAAAAACCACAAAUACAUAUAUCACGCUGUUAUAUGAGAAUUUCAACAAUUUGUUUCACUUAGAAAACCUAGAAUUAGAUGCCCAAUAUUUAUAUGUUGACAUUUGUGAGUAUUUCCCCUUUCAUAGAAUAAAGGAGUUGCAUUUAUUAAAUAACAUUGUUUUUGACUGCAUGGAUGCAACACUGCCAGUACUGGGCAAUUUCAUAAAUCUUGAAAAACUAUAUUACAGAGCAUAUUAUACCGAGCCUUUAGAAAUGACGGUCACAAUCAAUUCAUCAAUAAGAUAUUUAGAAAAACUUGAAUUUCUUUGCUUAGAUAAUACAGAAAAAUUUGCAGAAAAUUUACUCAUAAACCCAUAUGAGUUAUUUCAGGGCUUAGUAAACCUUAAGACUUUACAAUUGAUAAAUUCAGGAUUGGAAUAUUUUACCUCCAAUAUGAUGUUUAAUGAUUUAAAAUCUGUGAUAUUUUUACUCAUAGAAAAUCAAAAUAUAAAGGACAUAAAAGCUGAGGCAUUUUCCCCAAUGAGUAACUUAAACUAUAUUUAUUUAUAUGAUACAACCUUAGCAUGUAACUGUCAGCUAAAUUGGUUUAAUCAGUGGCUCCUGUAUAACAAGCAAGUUUCAUUCAUUGAUUUCUAUGAUCAGAAGUGUUUGGUUAGAGCAAAAAAGUCUGACUCCACAUUGUCAACGUUCUUAGAUAGCUGUACAACAGAUUUGCAAUUUACACUUUUUAUAGCUUCAUUUGUAGGCAUGGUACUGUUUAUAUUGAUAAUUCUCUUUCAUGAAAGCAUUUGGUGGUAUACCCUAUAUUUAUUCUAUACAGUGAAAUGUUGGCUGAAUCGCCGGAAAGAAGACGAACAAUACAAGUAUGAUGUAUUUGUUUCCUAUAAUACCACUAAUGAACAGUGGAUAACAGAGGAGUUACUUCCCAAUCUGGAAAACAAUGGUCCCCCUAUUUUUAAAGUGUGCAUCCAUAAUCGUGAUUUUGAGAUUGGCAGAGACAUAGUUGAGAAUAUAGUGGACAGUAUCUAUAAAAGCAGGUGGACUAUCUGCCUUAUUACACAUAGUUACCUACAAAGUUAUUGGUGCUCCCUAGAGUUGCGAAUGGCAACUUACAAACUUGUAGCAGAGAAUAAUAAUUCUCUCAUAUUGAUAUUCCUUGAUAAGAUCUCCAAGGAAGAGAUUCAAUGCUAUCACAGACUGACCAAACUGUUAGAUAAAAAAACCUACUUGGAAUGGCCAGAAGAUCCUAAUGGACAGAAGUUAUUUUGGGCAAGAUUACGUAAAGUAAUUGGUAUUCAUGUUGAGAAAGAUCAUGAUGAGCUGUAAUCACCGAGAAAGAGACCACAUUAUUAUCUACUGCAA